AUGAAGUUCUCCGCUGCUGCCCUUGUCCUCGCCGCCGGCGCCAUGGCCUCCAAGAACGUCACCUACGUCACUGAGGUCGUCUCUUCCUACACCACCUACUGCCCUGGUCCCACUGUCAUCACCCACGCUGACAAGACCUACACCAUCACCAAGGCUACCACCCUGACCAUCACUGACUGCCCCUGCACUGUCACCAAGCCCGUCAUCACCUCCUCCGUGGUCAAGUGCGAUUCCUGCAGCGUCCCUACCAAGAACGCCACCAUCCCCGUCGUUACUCCCUCCAUCAGCAAGACCGCCACCGGUGGCCUCACCCCCACCAAGCCCAUCUCGGUCCCCACCGCUGGUGCCGGCAAGGCGGCUGCCCUCUCCGGCGCCGGUCUGGCUGGUGUCCUCGGUCUUGCCGCUUUCGUCCUCUAA